AUGAAGUUCGCACUCCAUCUCGCUUUCACCGUGACCGUUGCUGCCUUGGCUCAAGACCAAGUUGUCCGCGGCGACGAGGCCCCCGGUUUCGAAAUCCUCGGGGGCCAGGAAGCCCAAUUCGGCCAGCACCGUUAUGUGGUUGGGCUCAAGAGGUCGUCCAAUGAUACGACCGAGUGCGGCGGUAGUCUUAUCGCCCCCAAUGUCGUUUUGACAGCGGCACACUGUUUGACUGGUAAACUACGUGCUGUGGUCGUGGGCACGCACUAUUCAACCGGUUUUGCCGACGGGGAACUGGCCAGUGUCACCCAGGAAAUCAAACACCCCAAUGGCGCCGACGUGGGCAUCGUAAUCUUGAACCGCAACAUCGCGGGCAUCCAACCUGUGGCGGUGUCGUUUGAAUUCGUUCCGGCGAACGUGCUCACUUGG